AUUGGCUCUUCACUCUCCUUAUUAUAACCUUCACCUCUCGUCACCUUCUCUACUGAUCUCUCAACAUCCAUCUUCUUUUUUCUUCCUUCUUCUUGUGGUUGAGUUUUGUUUUCCUUUAGUUUGACGCAAUGAUAAAGAUACUCAGCCCUCAUAACUCUCACUCGACCACCACCACAACUCUUAAAACAGCUGAGAUCUUGUCCAAGUACAGACCUAUUGCUCCUAAGCCAGGGACGACUCCUCAAGUUAACGAUAAUGACUCUUCUUCUUCCUCUAUGUCCCACAAGAUCAGCCAAUCUCCUUACCUCCGUAACCUCUGGCCUCAGCUUCAAGCUCGUCCCACGAGAACACGCAAGCGAGGCCGAGGCGGCAUGGGUCCAACGUCUCCUCUUUCGUUGAAGAGACACAAGCCGUCAUCAUCUGCUUCUACCACCACUACUACUCCACAACGCGUGUUUGGCCCUAUUAAAACGCUGUCGUUUCAGGCUUUCUCUCACGCUGGGAUACCUAACCUCGCACAAGUUGGCUACGCCUUGGAGAAUGGUGGCUCUCCUGCUUUGGUGACUCUGCCUCUUCUUCAAUGCUCUCCUCCUCCUUCCAAAUGCAUGGAGCCAGAGAUCAAAGUAAAAGAAGCCAUUGAUCUAAACAAGACCGCUGAAGUGAUACAAGAGAGAGAUUUCUUGAAGCAACUUCAAGAACCUAUCACCACAACAACCACAAGCAAGGUCAUAGCGCCUCAGGCCAUAAGACCGGUUUGCUCAAGGAUCAACGUAGCAUGCAUUAAUCCACUAACUAACCCAUCUCAAAUCAUCAAGAAGUCACCUCAAGAUGUGGAAGAGGAGUUCGAAUCCGAUGACUUACCAGCCAUAAUCUCCGAUGCCAACAACAGAGUCAGGCUCGUGAACUCGGCAUACAAGGAAAUGAUGGGGCAGCCUGAGUGCUCGUGGCUAGACUCGAUGGUAAGAGGGAAGAGGAUUUGUGGGGAAGUGAUGAUCCGUUGCUGUGAAGCCAAGAUUCCGGAGAACAAUGGGUUCUCUUGCUGGGUGAGGAUAGAGUGGGGGAGAGGCGGUAAGGAGGAGUUUGUGCAUGCCUUCUGCGAUGUGAUGAAACUUGAGUGUGAUUCCAAGGAUUACGUCUUUACGUGGAGGUUCCACACAACCACAAGAGAAAACUUGUCGACCAAGCUGUCAUGCUUAGUUUAGGGUUUGGAGUAAAAAUGUGGUGUUGUUCUUUUGUAGUGGUUUAGCGUAAUGCAAUGGCGUAAUGAUAUAUAAUAUUAUAGUUAAAUAUGUAAAUCUCGGUUAGUUAUAGUUUAUGCUGUUACAAUACUCUAUGAAGAACAACGUGCU